AUGAAACAUACAACAAGUCUCGACGGAACAGAUGGCGCCGGUACACGUUAUGUCCGAGAUAGUCAGGACCAUGCCUCUUCCCGCCGGAUCCGAGACCAUACGAACCGAGGCAUGACCUCUGCGACGACACCUUACGAACUCGAGGAGCUGGACACAUGCUCUACCCGACCUCCCUCGUACUGUUCGACAGAUCCAGCGUACCUCGAGAGUGAUGACAAGAGGCACGUGCGCUUUGAAAUACGGCGAUCAAUCCCCCCCGUCAAACAGUCCCAGGAGCCUGAACAGCUCGACUGGUCUAAGUUUUCCAAGGCCAGACGAGGUCUUGUUGCCAGAGCUUACUGGGGGUUGCCGGGGCUAGCCCGAUUCACUCUUAUCGUGCUUCCAUUUGUCUCUAUGUUUGUCCUUACUUCAUGCUAUAUCUUCAGUGGAGACGACGUCCUUGGACUAAGUGCCGAUUCUUUCAUACUCGUGGCAGCAAAUGUUGGCGUUUUGACUUUGAUUGCACUUUUCUUAGACAGUAUGACGGGUUCCAGAUAUGGGAAACGAUUAGAACUGGCCCACCAUGAGGCAAUCGAGUUGGCUGCUCUUGCAUUCAUGUGGUUUCUAUCUCUCCUAUGGGCCGUGACUGGCCUAAUCUUAUGGGGAGUUUUCGCCGCUGGUGAGGGCAAUAUCGCGGAACGUUGGGUGCUGGCGACACAGUUUGAUGCUAAGAUAUCACAGCAGAACGCUUUGGGGUUCGUGACUUCCUGCCUCAGCGAGAUGAUUCCAGAGCGAAAUGCUACAAUUCACGACUUAACUAUUUGUUUCCAGAAGCUCGGUAUGCCCUAG